AUGUCUCAGGGAUUCUGGAGAGUCUACAAAACAAAAGUACUGCAAGCCCUUGGUGGAGAGCCUCAGGAAGAGGAGCUUCAAGAUGAGAGUGAGAAUCCUCAACUGGUGGAAACUACAGACUCCAUACUGUUGUCAGAGGAGGGAUUGAACUCCAUUUCUCAGUUGGCUCGGCAGGUCCAGGGAGCUGGAGCCAAGGGCUGGAGGACCAUGUCCUCUUUGUUCAGUCGGGAGGAUGGAGAUCAGUUGCUGGCUCCCGAACCAUCUGCAGACCAUCCUCUAGCUGUAAAACCAGCAGAAGAAUCACCUGAGAAGAAGACCACUGGCCUUUGGGAUGUUUUUGCUUCUAAGUGGCAGCAAACUUCAGCUCUGGAAAAAAUGACUGCCAAGGUGGACCCUAGGGAGGAAAUGGCUGAGGGCAGUGGGGGGUCUGGGGUGAUGCCAGCUGAGGAAGUCAGUGACCUUGGCGAUGACAAUGAUCUCCGAGAAGCUGAAGGUGUGGCCUUCAAGUGGAGCUUCCUAACCAACAAAUUGGCUGAGCUGAAGAACAAGAAUAUUCCCAAAAGUAACUAGGACAGACACAGAAAUGGAGGACUUUGAGUGAGUGACCCUUUCUCGGUAAUAACAAUAUAUUUUAUUA